CUCGCGCGGGGCGUGGAGCGAGCCGCUGCGUGGAAAGAGGAGGAUGCGCCCCCGAGAGCGCACGGUCGUACGAGAAGUUCACGCUGCUGCUGAAACGCGAAGAGACACGCACCUCCGAGCGCAGAAACCGACUAUGUGACAGGCAGCCAACACAGGACCUCACAUCCAAUACCUAAGACUCCUCUUGAAUCCCGCUGGACGUUCACUUCAGCUCCUGACCUCCCAUCAUGCCCCUGGUCGUGUUGCACACCUCCCAGCUGCUCUGGGUUCGCGUGGCCGCCCUGCUGUUUACCUGCGUGGCGUUCAGCGUCGCCGCGCACGGGGCCUCGCUGUCCAACGGAUGCGCCAGCGGCUCGUGCCCCAGCAUGAGCGACUGGUGCAUCUUCUGCUGGGCCUUCAGCUUCACCUGCACCCUGCUGGUGCUGCUGGUGGAGCUGUUCGGCCUCCAGGCCCGAGCCCCCGUGUCCUGGACCAAUUUCCCCAUCACCGUGGCCUGCUACGGCGCCCUCCUCUGCCUCUCCGCCUCCAUCAUCUUCCCGCUGUUUUUCCUCAGGGGCCAGUCGUACAGCAGCGAGGCCCGGGACCAUCGCAUCGUCUCCACGGUCUUCUCCUGCCUGGCAACCGUUGCCUACCUGGGCGAGGUGAGCCUGUCUAAAGCGAGGCCGGGGGAGGUGACGGGCUACAUGGCCACGACGCCGGGCCUGCUGAAGGUGUGCCAGACGUUCGUGGCCUGUGUCAUCUUCAUGCUGGUCAGCGACCCCGUGUCGUACGACCGCCACCCAGCGCUCAAGUGGUGCAUGGCGGUGUACUGCAUCUGCUUCAUCCUCUCCAUGGCAGUGGUGGUGCUGUGCGUGGGGGAGUGCACCGGCCUCCUCCCCGUCCCCUUCUCCAAGUUCCUGUCGGCGUACGGCCUGCUGGCGGCCGUCAUGUACCUGACCGCCACCAUCAUCUGGCCCGUGUUCCAGUUUGGCAAGCAGUCCGGUGGCCCGGCGUCGGACAAAUCGAUCACUGCUUCCGUUUUCACGGCCCUCAACUUCCUGCUUUACGUGGCUGACCUGGCCUACAACGCCAGACUAGUGUUUGUCAGUGCCUGAAAGCAGUGAAGGGAGACACUGAAGGAGCGAAGGUGUCCAAUUAAACAUGCUGAAUGAAAAUCACCUGUUGAUACACAGAAAAGCUGAAAACCAAAAAGCUCACAGAAUUUGUGUCGUUUGUUGUGUUGUUCAUUCCCAAUUAUCUGCAAUCAAGCUCUAAUGUGAACUGACUUUGUUUAAUGGUGGAACCAUGUGUGAAGAACUAAAUGUAAGCCUGUUCAGUCGACUGAAGUCAAACACACUGGAGAACACAGAAGAACCUUAAAAGUCUUGGUUUAGCUUUGAUUAGACAGAAUUGAAAUUAUGGACAACACGGGCACGCGUUGAUGUUUUCAUGUUUAUCUGUUUGGAUGUAUUAAGAAAACUUCAGUUAUGUGUUUGCGCUGAUAUGUUACAGUACAUUUGUAUACAGACAUUUGGAAGAACAAGUGUGUCUAUCCAAAGCAAUAUUGUGUUAAACCACAUAUUUGAGUCACAACUGUCACUCUGCAUUAUUUAGUGAUUAAAGGUUAAACAUGCGACGCAAA